GAUACUCGCCAAGCGACCAAGCUGAUCGGAGUCUGCGAGGAAAAAAUCAAAUCAAGCGAGAGCAACAAGCAACGCAAGCAAGAGCAUGGAGUCCGCCAAGCCGGCCGGCAAAGGAACGCUGCCACCCACCGACUUCGUCGACCUCGAGAUAGGCACGCGAACCGGACGGCCACCCGGCCUCAACUGGGAUAUCAAAAUAACCACGCCAGACAGACGAACCGAGGAGGAAUGUUUGGCUGUCACCAUCUACACGAGAAAAGUCAUGCACAUUUUGACCGUGGCGACACUAGGUGUUUAUGUUGCAUCUGCAUUUGGAGUUUACCGCUAUUCCACACUGAAGCGCGUGGGAGAAUUUGGACUUAUUUUUGCACCUUUCUACUUGUUAUUGGUGGCGAUGAUUCAGUAUUGCGGAAAUGAAGCAAACAAGGUGGUUGAGGAGAUUAACGAGGCCGAUGCAAUUAGAAGUAAAAACAUUAGAGAUCAUCUAGAUAAGACUCUUUUAAAUAUACAUAAAUAAUUUAUUACGUAUGAAACAUAUUAUG